CUGCAGUUAGUCGCCAUGAAGCAAGCCACACGCGCCACAGUGGACGACCGCAUGGAGAGUGUCCUAGAGAUGCUCGACAUUGAACACAGAGACGAGAGUGAGGACACGCCCGUGGAUAUAGCACGUGUGUUUAAGCAGCUGAGUGCCUUUGGUUUGGCUGUGACGGACUCGGAGGCCAUGCUGGCGGUGGGUAGAGAGUCUAGGCAGUGGCUGGACAGUUGCAGUGACCCGGGGGUCAACCCGGACACCGAUGGGGGUGUAGAAACGGGCCAAACGAAGGAGAAGCAUAGCCCAUCCGAGGAGGGAGAUAGCGGGGUACAGAAGGGUGUGCACGACGAACAAGCGGUGGAUGUGAGUGUUCUGCAGACGCAGGUGAUGCAGUGUCUGGUGAGGUGUGUGGACGAUAUGGCGCUGCUGGCGGUGUGUGUGCUGCGGGUGCUGAGUGUGUCGUCUGAGGGCAUAGGCAGCACUCUGCAGGACGGAGUGACUGAGAAGGAGAUACUCGACACAGCCAACGUCGUCAGGAAUCUGGGUGUGUGGGCGCAGACGGAGACAAGCGCACUCUCCGAUCGCUACAACGACAGACUCAUGGCAAUCCUGGCGAAGUCCAAAAGAUAGUCAUUGAGAUAAAGCCACGCCUCCCCUCCCCUCCUCCGGUAGUGAUUCUCAUUUUUAGCUUUCGCUCUAAAAAGCUAGGCGGAUACCCCCAACCUCCUAUGACAGGCAAGUCGUAUCGUGUACAUCAAUAAUGACAUGGUUGCCACCCGGUGUUUGUGUCUUAUCCAUGCCUGGUGUGUACCUAUCCUGAGUCAAGCCCAUCCGUUCGUACGGAACAACAGGAAACAAUAAGACACAAGACACCCAGCAUGACCACCUGUAGGCCGGAGGGGUGACGUACACCUACACUUUGUAUGGCAAGUACUGUAUGCGGCCUCUCCAUAGCAUCCAGUUUUCAAACGUUUAAACCAAUCGUGAAGUAAGGGACUUAUAUGUAUCAGAAUUCACAUGCCAAAUAAAGGUUGUAUGGGCUUUUAUUCGAGUGCUCGGUACCGGCAGCUCCACCCACUCAGACGCCUACUAUAGCUGAAAAACUACCUACGCUACUCCUAUUGCAUGGUCUGAUUUACUUCACACACCAUCUACUUCUACAGCGAGAUAUAUUAGUCGCAGAGGACGCCGAUCAAGCUCCACGCCUGGAGACUCUAGGGGACCUGAUUGAUCUAGGGUCGACAAGCAUAUACCUUGAAGCCGGCAAUGCCUGUGCCAAGAUGUAUGAGGCCGUCCAGCUGACUAUGCCCAUUUUCAGGAUGCUGAUGACGGGCGUUGGAGCUGAUCUAUGAUGAUCACCAUGGUAACGGUGGUGUUCAUUCAUAACGAGUUAAGAUGUGGUUCGAGCACAGGCCCGAUUCAUGAUAAGACUCAUUCUUUCUGAAACAGAUAGAAGUUGUGUUCUGAAUCGCAUGAGAUCGCGACGAGGUGAAGCCAAUUUGAGCGCGAGGAAUUUAUUAGUAAUGUGGUAUGGCAUAUGGGCAAAUCAACAAUAAAGAGAUGUUAGAUGUGGCAUGAACACGCGUACGACUCACAAGUGAA